GCAGUAUUAGAUAUACCUAAACGGCCGAAUUGGUCAUAUCAGAUGUCUAAGAAUCAAGUCGAGAGGAACGAGGAAAAAUACUUUAUCAACUACCUUCAAAGUAUCCACCAAAAUCACUCUGAAGAGACGUUAAGCUAUUUUGAGCAUAACUUGGAAACCUGGCGACAGUUAUGGCGUGUGCUAGAAAUUUCGAAUUUAAUUCUAGUUGUUGUUGACAUUAAAAAUCCUAUACUCCAUUUUCCUCCAGCUUUAUAUGAUUACGUUGUUAAUGAUAUGAAAAAGAGUCUCGUUCUAGUUUUCAAUAAGAUAGAUUUGGUGCCUGCGCCUGUUGUAGUUGCAUGGAAACAGUAUUUUAUGGCAAAAUUUUCGAAGUUACGAAUUGUAUGUUUCACUGCUUAUUCAUACCAUAAUGUUGACGGAGUUUCAGCAACCACCGCAGAAAAUACAUUAACUCGCAAACGCCGUAGGACACGCCAGAUUUUGAAUGUUAUGGGGUCAAGACAGCUAAUUCAUGUUUGCCGUGAACUAUUUCCGGAUACUGAUUUAUCUCAGUGGGAGGAAAAGAUUGAGAUAAUACCUUCAACUGAUCAAGAUCAGCUUUCGUCGGAAUCUGAUUCGGAAUCGGAGUCUAACAAUACCACAGGUCAUCGAGAAGAAACAAACGAUAGUGACGAUGAUAUCAAGGAUGAAAUGAUAACAAUUGGACUAAUAGGACAACCCAAUGUUGGUAAAUCAUCAGUCAUAAAUGGUUUAAUUGGCAAAAAGAUUGUUAGCACUUCUCGUUCUCCUGGCCAUACGAAACAUUUUCAGACUAUCUACUUGUGUCCUACCAUACGAUUAUGCGAUAGUCCAGGAAUAAUAUUUCCUUCACUAAUAGAUAAACAGUUACAGGUAAUUUUAUCUGGAUUAUAUCCAAUUUCACAAGUGAAGGAGCCAUAUUCUUCUAUUGCUUACAUUGCAGCUGGAACUCCCUUACCUAAGCUGUUAAAUAUUAAGCACCCAGACUGUAACUGUAAAAAUCCUAGUCGUACCUUAAAUUACUUUCGUUAUGAUCAUUUUCUAGCAUGGGCCAUGAAAAACGGGUUCAAGACCGCGAAAGCUGCAAGAAAUGAUGUUUAUAGAGCAGCUAAUAAUUUGUUACGAUUAUAUACCGAUGGUCGACUUUGUUAUUAUAUGCGCCCUCCUAAUUUUAUGGCUAAAACAGGUAAUUUAUUGUACUUUGAUAUUUCUCAGAUUAUUUUAUAA